AUGAUGUUUCUCAUUCUCCUCCUCUUCCUCCUCCUCCUCCUCAUCCUCUCCUCCAAUGGCCCUAGCCCCACCCCUCUGCGACCUCUAGAGGUGAUAGCAUCCACUAGGGUGAGAGGUCAUAGGUCAGGGGUCAUCAGCAGCAGUGGCAGCUUCAAGGCUCUGCUCCUGAGGAAGGGAAGUCGCUGCGACUUUGGAGCUCGCAUGUCUGCAGCUGAGAGACUCCGCAGUACCGCCCCAAAACACCAGAGUCCGCCACCACAUAGCCAGAGCCAAUCAGACACACACCUGCAGUUGGGAGUGAAGUCACACACCCACACACCUCAUCCCACUCCACACACGCACACAGUCCAAGUCCAGCUCCCAUCUCUAGAAGUACCCCAGACUCAGUACAGACAGAGACACAGGAGGAAGGAAGAGUGGGCAAUCACUGAGCGCCUGUUCCCUCUCCCCUUCUCAUCCUCCCCAUCCUCCCCCUCUCUCUGGGCGUGGCGACCCCCACCCCCACCCCCGCUCCCCCUUGCUCAGCCAGCCAACGUUUUGCUGCCUGCAGCCGACUACCGAGCAGCCCAAUGACUGCCAUCCAGGAACAAGAGGGGGAGGGGGACGGCGAAUCACUGGAGAGUGAGGGAUUGUCCGAGACCAUCAAAUUGGCCCACGAUUCACACAAGACUUUUGGAUUGGUCAAGCUUUCUGACGGAU